GUUCGGGUUGUCAAAGUUCGUGUUUACAGUUACUUGGAACAAACCUAUUUUAACAACAAAACUGAACUGUCAAAGGUGACAAAAUUGCUUUACUUUCGAAUCAGAAAUCAUAAAAUCCAAACGAAACUAAAAAUAAUCACAACAGAAAUGCCAAAAUCCCAAGAUGCCACAUCGGAUAAAGAAAAAAAGAAGAGUGAAAUAAAAGAGAAGAAAACAAAGAUUGAAGAUCCAGCCGAUGAAGCAUUGGAAAGUAUGCAGAAAGCUGUUCGCAGUGAAUUGAUGAACUGUAAAGUCGGUGAGGAAUUGGAAACUUUAGUUCGAACGCUGCUACAUAACGUUCAGCGACAUCAAGUAGAGAAAGAUGUCUUGGCAGCAUUCCAACAUCACUAUCCAGGAAUAUUUAAAAACGAUCAAAUUCGAUUGUUUGGUUCGUCUGUGAUGGGAAUUGCAUUUAAAGACUCAGAUUUGGAUUUUUAUGUCGAGCUACCAAAUCGGGAACAGCAUAAAUCAAAUUUGUCUCGGAUUAAAAUAAUUCGAGAAAUUUUAGAAUCCACUAAAAAGUUUGCGAACCUCCAAUCGAUUACCAGACCGCGAGUUCCAAUUGUAAAGGGCACCCACAUCGCUACACUCACUAAUUGCGAUUUCAAUUGCUCCAAUCGAUUCGGUAGCCUAAACAGUCCGAUUGUUGCGCAUCUUGUAACAUUCGACGAUCGUAUUCACAAGCUGGCCGUUAUCAUCAAAUAUUGGAUGAAAAUCCACGACUGUUCCGGAGUGAAGCGCAUAUCGAAUUAUGCUGUUGUUUGGAUGCUGAUAUUUUAUUUGCAAACAUUACCGAAACCAAUCGUACCACCGAUCGACGAAUUUCAGCGAAAUGUACCCCCAUCAAUGGUUUCUCAUUUCAACUUUGCAUUCGACUAUUCGAUGCCGAAUAAAACGGAAAAUGAGAGUCCAUGGUCCGAAUUACUGCUUGGUUUCUUCAAAUUCUAUCGUGAUUUCGAUUAUGGUUCACAAUUGAUUUGUCCGUUGUACGGGAAAACGUUGUCCAAAGCGGAUGUCUAUGAGAACAAGAUCAUUGAAUUGGAACGCUAUAGACAAAUUCUGUUGGCCGAUCGCAGUGAAAGCCCAAUGGACUUGGGUAAACAUAGACACUCCCUUUGCAUACAAGAUCCAUUCGACCUUAUGCACAAGAUUCCCGGCGACAUUUUAACCGAAAAUUUUGAACGGAUCGUUUGGAAAAUUGGCUACGCAGCGGAAAUUGUUGAAUGCGAACUACAGAAAGGGGAAACGCGAUCGAUGUUUUUACGAAUAUUUGACGUUGACCAAUUUGAUCGAUAUGCUAACGUGAAGGAAUUGGAGAGAAGAUCUCAAGCUAAACAACGGAACUUAGAACAACAAGCGAAGGAAGCAAUGAUGCUAGCAGAACAAGCAGAGCAGAACGAAUAUUUAUCGAUUGUAUCAGUUCUCUCCAAAAAUGCACAAAACGGACACACGGUCACAAUGCAAUUAACGCCCACAAAUUACAUAUUGAAUAUCAGCCAGUAUGAUGCAUGGAAAAUCGUAACGAACAAUUGCGAUGUACAAAUCGACGGACAGUCGAUCCGAAAAGUGUGGGCUAAAGAAGUAAUCGAAAUGAUUGCUGAUAUACUGAGAUACAUUUUCUGUUUGGACGUAUACGAUGUGCAAUCUUCUGAUGAAUUUGUAAAAAAAUUUGAUUUGGUCGGAGCGCGUGACGUGUUUGCGAACCGAAAACAAAAAUCAUUUAACGACAAUGCGUGGGAGAUGGAAGCGCUCGAUUCAUCGAAUCGUUUUGACCGGUCGACGUAUAUUCCGUUAGAAGUGUCUGUUAAGAUUACCGCUGGUGCUGUGAAUUUCGAUUGCGUUUCUAUCGAAUUCAAUGAUGAAAUCAAAACGCGGAGCAAAAAUUUUUAUCGACUAUUUCGUCAAGAGUUCUUUGAUCGGAUCGAUUAUCUUCUGAAAAUUUAUUUUCUUCAUCGAAUUGAAAUGGCCAAGUCUGACAUUGCUAACGCGGAUCAAGCAAAAGACCAGGGAUGCAUGUGACUCAAUUUUGUCACUUUUAGCAAACAAAUUUUGAAGAGGUUGUAAGUGAGCAACUUUUUUUAGUUAUUAUCCAACUUUUCUCACUUUUUCUCACUUAUUUCGCCAUCCACAAUAAAAACUACAUGAAAAAGCUGUUUUAUGCUGUUUUUAUGAAACAAUUCUUUUAUGCAAUUCAGUGAUGAUAUUUGUAACUUACGCCGCCUGUGUGCAAUGUCGUAU